CGGUGUUUUCAUUAAUUACUGCUCGUGUGAGGCAUAUUAUAGAGGUAUAAUAUAUAUAUAUAAUAUUUCUGUUUUAACUUCGUGAUAUUUGUUCAGGCAAGUCAGUCGGUGUCGUGGCGGAAGCUGUACGGAAGAUGACUGUUCAUAACUUAUACAUAUUUGACCGCAAUGGCACCUGCCUUUACUACAGUGAAUGGAACCGCAAGAAACAGGCCGGAAUAUCCAAAGAGGAGGAAUGUAAGCUGAUGUAUGGAAUGCUCUUCUCUAUUCGAUCAUUUGUUAGUAAGAUGACUCCUCUGGAUAUGAAAGACGGAUUUGUGGCAUUUCAGACCAGCCGUUAUAAGCUGCAUUAUUACGAAACUCCCACAGGCAUUAAACUGGUGAUGAAUACAGACCUCGGUGUGCCGAACUGUAGAGAUACAUUACAGCAGAUAUACAGUACAUUGUAUGUGGAGUACAUUGUCAAAAACCCCUUGUGUGUGUUGGGCGAGUCUCUUCAGAGCGAUCUGUUCAACACUAAACUGGAUUCUUACAUCCGAGCUUUACCUUUCUUCAGUGUCCGGGCGGCUUGACGCCUGCACGUCUGCAUCAGCUCUAUUAUGAAAAUAAAAUAUGACCACCUUAUAUUGAACACCAGUGGGAUGUUUUAUUCAGUCUGACCUUUUGUUUGGUGGUAACAUUAUGAGAAUCCAUUUCAUACCUGAAAACUGACUGGAGAAAGAACUUGAUGCAUUAUUUACAUAACAACAACAACAACAUAGAGAUUAUGGAUGCUUUGUAUUUGUGUACACUUUAAUCCAAAUGUUGUUUUUAGAUAAAAUAGCAUGUUCACAAUGAUGAAGAUGUCAAAAAAGA